AUGAAGAGUGUGUGGAGCUGUCUGCCUGUGAAGAGAGUGUUCUGUGUGGAGCUGUCUGCCUGUGAAGAGUGUGUGGAGCUGUCUGCCUGUGAAGAGUGUGUGGAGCUGUCUGCCUGUGAAGAGUGUGUGGAGCUGUCUGCCUGUGAAGAGUGUGUGGAGCUGUCUGCCUGUGAAGAGUGUGUGGAGCUGUCUGCCUUUGAAGAGUGUGUGGAGCUGUCUGCCUGUGAAGGGUGUGUGGAGCUGUCUGCCUGUGAAGAGUGUGUGAAGCUGUCUGCCUGUGAAGAGUGUGGAGCUGUCUGCCUGUCAAGGAGUGUGCGGAGCUGUCUGCCUGUGAAGAGUGUGCGGAGCUGUCUGCCUGUGAAGAGUGUGGAGCUGUCUGCCUGUGAAGCGUGUGUGGAGCUGUCUGCCUGUGAAGCGUGUGUGGAGCUGUCUGCCUGUGAAGAAUGUGUGGAGCUGUCUGCCUGUGAAGAGUGUGUGGAGCUGUCUGCCUUUGAAGAGUGUGUGGAGCUGUCUGCCUGUGAAGAGUGUGUGAAGCUGUCUGCCUCAGAGGAGGUGCAGAAGGCGGCGUCUCUCUUCUCCCUCUACAACGAGCUCAUCUCCAUUAUCCCAUCUCUGGCCGUCACCUUCAUCCUUGUUGCCUACAGCGACCAGCGCGGACGCAAGAUCACCAUCAUCCUGCCUCUGAUUGGUUCUCUGUUCUACGCGCUGUCCUUCCUGGCAGUCUCCUUCUUCGAGCUUAACCUCUACCUCCUCAUCGUCUCGUCGUUCGUCAGCGCCCUGUUCGGGGGCUCGGGGACGUUCCUGGGUGGCUGUUUCUCCUACAUCGCUGACCUGUGUGAGGACGGACAGCAGAAGACCCUGCGUAUGGCCGGGAUAGACAUGGUGAUCGGCCUGCUGUCUGGAGUGGCCUCUCUCUCUACGGGAUACUUCCUUCGAGCAGCAGGCUUCAACUGGCCCUUCUUCACCUCUGCUCUGUUCCUGUGUUUCAACCUGCUCUACGCUGUCUUCAUCCUGGAGGAGACGCUUCAACGACCCCUAGACGCCCCCCUGGACGGCUGCCUGCGUCGCACCGCCAUGCAUCAGCUGGCCUACGGGGUCUACCAACUGUUUGCAGCGGCCAGCAGGAGGCGUAACGUCCUUCUGAUGCUUCUCCUGCUCCUCUUCGGCUCCUUCUCCUUCGCCAACAUGGGCGGGCACUCCAUGAUCACACUGUACGAGCUCAACCAGCCGCUGUGCUGGAACGAGAUCCUAAUUGGCUACGGCUCUGCGCUGUCCAUGACGAUGUUCCUAACCAGCUUCGUGGGUGUGACGGUGUUCUCUCGCUGCAGGGUGCCCAACAUCGUCAUCAUUCUCAUAGGGAUACUGAGUGUCAUGGCGGGUAUGACCCUGGUGGCCUUCGCCAAGACCACGCUCAUGAUGUUCCUGGGUAAGGAAUAA